GACACAAAUACAACAAUAAUAUAGAAAAUAUAAACCAAUUAACAUUAAUAUCAUUAUUUCAUCCUACCGUCUUCGAACUCUCAUGCACCAGUACGCCACCAAAAGCAGUUACAGUCUUGUUUGAAAUUGGGCCAUUAUAAGCAAUUUUACUUUCCACCGGCCCAGAAGUUACAGGAAAGUUGUUUAAAAUAAUGUACUGGUAAUAUUAUUGGUAUUUCAAUACAAAUCGACGAUGUCUUUGUUUUGAUUCCAAAAUUUGCAUACUGCAUUUCCCAAAUAAUGUGGCAUACCGUACCUGUCAGCUCAACCACUUCACACAAAACCCUUUGCGUUGAAGUGAAACUGAAACAAAUCCAAGCUUAAUGUUGCAACCAUGUAUAGUAGAUUUAUAUUAUUUUUGCUAAUUUUGUACUUCAAAGAGGGAGAAUCGAUACGAUUUGGAAAUGAAUUAUCUGAUAAGACUGUGGAUAACAACUUUGAGACCAUGGGUGAUGUGGGAAUUGAGCAGUUUUCGAUGGUUAAUGACAUCACUACAUUGGAAGUGGUUGUCGAGGAUACUAUAGGUAUUGAUGAAUUGUGGGUACUUGACUUUCAACCUUUAAACUACCAUGGUCAAUUACCAAUCAUCCUUAUCAAUGGUAGUCUCCGUUCCAGUCGCACUGGUACUUGUUCUAGUAUCUUCAGAGAUGCAGACUGGGACGACGACUACUUCGAUGAUGAAUACUUUAUCUCGUCAACUGAAAGUGGAGAGAAAGACUUAUACAAUUCUUUUGUUAGAGGAAACGUGACAGAAAACAACCAAAGAAAAAACAAAAUUACAUUCAAUGGUGAUUUAAGUACACUACUGAAUUGCCAGGAAAAGGAUGGGACAAAUGCAUGGCAUUUUGAUAUAUUUGAUGAAGAGAUUCAGUACCAGUCAUUAUUGUAUGCCAGUAAUGUACGUCCCAUCUUACCUAACUGGUCACCUGAACUGGGAACCAAACUGCAAUUGGCGUAUGUGCAGACACAUUUUAGACUGUUUUGGCGACUGUCGAGAUAUGCUAUAUUAAAUUUUAUAACAUUCGGAGAUGCCAGAAUUACAGACAGAGUCGGCCUAAUCACUGUUUUCUUUGAUUUUGGUAUUGUGGAUGCCGUUUAUGAAAAUGGUUCUCCAAAUCCAGCCAAAACUUAUUUGACGAUGGGAAUUUCAACUCGGAUCACUAACGGCGAAUCAAUUAUGCUGUCAUUUAAAAACAACUCGAUUGAAUAUGUACCUCGUACAAAGGGAAAUGCCAUUGAUGUUAUACAUCAGUUUGUAAGUUGUGAGUUACUCGAUAUUGAUCCCUGGUAUCUAUCAGCGGAUGUCACUUUACAAACAGUUUUUACAGUCGUCGAUGAAGAACAAGAGCAAAUUACCCUAAAUGUCAUCCAACUAUCCAAUGAUAAAGGUGAGGAUUUGAGGGGUGGUACAGGUGUUAAGCAUGAAGAGAACAUCACACUUGCUGUAAACUUCUCACCUGCAUAUUUACGUGAUAACUACAUUCUUGAGAUGUCACUGUUUAUGGUGUGCAUUGGAGAGGAUAAUUCAGAGUCAACUAGAGGAUGUCUAGCUGCGGAUGAGGAUGAUCGUUAUACAGGAUUUGUCUCUAGCAGUUUUGAGCUUGACUAUGACCCAGUCACAGACCCUGUCGUCAUUAAGUCACAGGCAGCAUCAGAAAAUAAAGAUGGUGAGAUAUAUGACGAUGCUGAAAGCAGUCAGGCAGAUGAUGAGAUUUAUCACGAAGAUGAAGAUGGAUUCCAAUGGACGCUUGUGAUGAAGGCAACAGCAGGAAUCAGUCAGCGCAGUGUUUAUGACACUUGGGUGAAUGAAGGUGGUUUGAAUGAAAUGGACCCCAACGCUCAAGUGCUGGACACAUCAUUUGCCGGACAUUAUAAAAACUCUAUAGUAGAUAAUUGGAAUAUACUCCAAGUUAGAACAGUAAAAGUUGCCUUAUACACCUCAGAAGAGGAGGUAAUGUUUUUGACAUUUGAUGCAGAUGGUUCGAAUGCCGAAAACUGGUUUUCACAGGAUCGUAUUCUGGACUCUUCGUUUUCAGAUUUAAAAUCUGGAAUAUUUUUUAACUUUUUUUCUAUUUCUGGACAUUCAAGGGCUGACCUCCAUAGACGAUGGUUCAUUAAUAAGUCUUAUGGAGGAUGUAACAAUGACAGAGGAUGGUUUGUAGUUGUUGACGGCCGAGGUCCUUGCGCAUGGGAAAAUUCAGCCGGUGACUCACCACAGUUCCUCUACGCACCUAAGAGAACACACCACCGGUGGCAAAUAGGAUCAUCACAAUCUGCUGAUAUAUUUGCAAUAUUUAUAGAGCAUCUCUAUUUUCCUGUUGAGACUCUUACUACAACUAAUUUUGUCCACACCCAAGAGACGCCAAACUUAUACUCCUUUAUUAGAAGUCCUCCUGCUGGUGGCACUAGAGGUGACACCCUACAGUCCAAAAACUUUAAUCUGCUAGAAACUAAGGACGAAUUUUUAUCAACUCCUUAUUUUAUUAUGGUUCGUAACUCGGCAUCAGUCAUUCCUGUCAUAAUAACAAAUGACCCAAACGACGUCUUAGACCAUUUCAUCCUAAACUCAACCUUCUACGCAGGAAAUGUACAAGACACCAGUAAUACAAUCUUCAGAACUUUCUAUUCAGCUUUUUCCAUGAACAGCAACAACUUAAUCUCGUACCUUGGUGAAACAGAUCCGCUAAUGCUUACUUGCUCUUCAUUCGUCAAUGUUCAUGAUCCUAGGCAGUAUAUGAUGGAAUACACUGCACUCUGGAUAGAUAUAAGCAGACAACAGUUAGCAUAUUUCUUGCGGUUCCGCAACCUCAAUGCAUUCCUUCUGAACAUAUGCAACUAUAUUUUAAUUCAAGAUAUCAAUGUUGAUGACUUACAAUCUUAUUCAUUAGAGGAACUUAAAGAGGUUAUUGUCGAUAAAAAAACGGUUUUUGAACUCUUAGCCAGCCUGCAGUACUUCACGGAGAUGAAUCUUUUACAUGAUGAUCUGUACACUGUCUUGAACAUUACAAAGUCUGCACCAGUCAUUGACAGUGAAAGUGGAGCGUAUAGUUGCCAGUCAGAGGUGGUUGAUGACAUUAUGUACGUGAUGGUAGUCACACAGGAAGAGGAUCUACUGAAUUUUAUUGAUCCUUUUGAAAAUCUAAAUCUUGCAAUGAAUUUUAUCUACAACCUAAUUGAUACGACUGGCAUUCUCUUGCCCACUGCUGUAUUUGAAACGUAUAAACGGCAUGUUUUAACCAGUACUAAUAACGGAACGCGUCUCACUGUUAAACAAUUUGUGUCAUACCUGAAUGAGUAUCUGGCGUCAUCGAACCCUGUUUCUGUUCCUAACUUAAGUGAGUUUGAAGAGCAAUUUUAUCGAUCAUUUGUGGAUAUCAUUCUUGGACGUAAUACAACUCUCCAUGGACAAAAACUUGUCCCCCACCCAUUUAAGACCGAUGAACCCGAAUACAUUAGUGGGAUGUUUCGACAAGGAUACAUCGAAAGCUGCCAUAUUAACUGGCAUAAGGUAAUUGAAUUCUCGAUGUACAGUGAUCCACACUAUCAGUAUAUUUCAGCGUAUAAAGGAGGAUGGGAUGUUUGGGGAGAAUGGUCGUUGUGUUCGUCGAGCUGUGGGGAAGGAGUGCGGAUACGCACACGAAAAUGUAUUGAUAGUAUCAACGAAUGUUCUGGUGAACCGAGUCGGUCUGAACCAUGCAACACAAUGCGUUGCGAUAUUUACAUCAACAACCACAAUUUUGCUACCCAAGUAACCUUCAUCAAUUCAACUAUGACAUUCGUUGAAGCCGAAGAGUAUUGUAAUGCUAUAGGAGGUCAUCUUCCGGACGUCAAUGACAUUCAUCUUAAAACCUUUAUUAUGAGUCACAUGACUACAUAUGUUGGUUCUGUGGUUUACGUAGUUGAAUUUGGAGAAUGUAAAUUAUUACGAACCGAUGGGUACGUAGAUGUAAAUGCUAAUUGUUCAGCCAAGUUCACAUUUUUCUGUCAGAGUGAUUAUGUAAGUGUAUUUAAAGUUGAAGCUGGUUCAGGAGUAGAUGUGUAUGAUCUAUGGACAAGUGAUGGUAGCCUCGAUGACACUUUAGACUCAAAAGCUUACAGAAUCCUCUCAACUGAAACUUUUAAAAGUCAUUUUGUUGAAGAAUGGGAGAGUGGUAUAUUGAUUGAAGAGGUAAAAAUAAUGCUUUUAGACAAUGACUUCAAAUCGGUUUGGCAGAUGACAUUUAAUGGAAGCAUGACAGAUAAGAUUGACUGGUUUUCUGAGGAUCAUGUUAUCACCUCACAGUAUAACAACUUUCUUGGAACCAGGAAAACAUUCUUCAGUAUCAAGGGGAACAAAAGAGCGAAAAGACGCUUUUUCAUCAAUCACAACUACCAAGGAUGUCAACUAGAUUCCGGUUGGUUGCAAGUGAUUGAUGAUGCAGAGGGCUAUUGCUCAUGGGAAGAUAAAUUCACAUCGUCCCCACAGUUCAUUUACAGUGGUGGUACUUCACAUGAAAUUUGGGCUGAGAAUGACAAUUAUGCUCGGAUGUUUGUUAUCUCAUUAAAAUUCAGAAACGAACCUGCUCUCCCUAGAAAACGCACUUCCGGUCCUGUGGCUCAGAAAUACUCCAUUAAAUCCAUUACUCCACCAACACCAGACCAACAGAUAAACUUUGAAGAAUAUGAUUUUGAACAAUCUUUACACCAGUCUGAAUUCACCAACAGAGCUUUGUCUGGAGAAAAAGCAGAUUACACAUUGACAGCAGUGUACACUUUAAUAAGUAAGGAAAAGCGAAGAAAAAGGGAGGAUGAUGUUCGGUAUGAUGGUCGACAUCGCCGUAGCCUGACAAAUUCAGUCAAGAAACCUCAGAUUCGUACUAUGGCGUUCUCUUUUCACGGAUGUCCAGAAGGUUCCGCUUUUAAUCCACUAGACAGAUCAUGUGAUUGCAUCGCCGAUAGUCAUGUGAUUCAUCACGAGCCUUACAAAUGUUUGAAACCAGAUAUGACAACAGACAAUAACAAUAACAACAAUAUUAUUUUGAAAGACGAUUAUAAUAAUUUUUCAACAAAGGUCACUUUAGAUUUCAGUUUAUUUUUCAUUUGCUUUUGUUUAAUUACAUCAUAUCUAGUGAAAUAAUGUGUAUCACGUUCUUACUGCAAAUCUGUUUAGUUUUUUAUUUAGGUCUACAUGUAGCUUGGUAAAUGCAGUAAACAAAAUAUUCCAAUGAUCACAUUGUUCACAAACCUUUCUCACUGUUACCAUUCUAUAAUGUUAAUGAACUCGGUUCAGACCAAUCGUACACUCGCCUUCAACGUUUCUAUAACGAUGUUUAAUCAAUAUCGUAUUUAAAAUGCACAUAGAAUAAAUAACAGGAAUGAUAUAAAUGAUUUGUUCAAUAUGUCCUGUGUUUGAUUAGUGACUGUAUAACGUACAUUAUAAGCAAACAAAUCAAUGAAGGAAGUUCAUUUACACUAUACAUUAAGCCUGGUUUCCAUAAAAAUCGCUACACGAUCUCGCCGACUCCUUUGGCAACGCUGAUUGGUCGGUUGAAUCAGGGAUCAUCCCUGAUUGGGUCGGGUACAUCUAAGCAGUGCAAAGAUUUCAAUGAAAACUUUGUAGCGGCUGUGUAGCGAUUCUGUGGAAACCAGACUCCACGGUAAAACAAUAAAAAUGCUUAUAAUGAAUCGAUUAAAAAAAAAAUUCCACUGAACCGAUGUAAGUAAACAAAUUUAUUUUCACUCCUGCCUUCAUGACAUAUUUUAAGCCAGGCACUGGAUAAAAAUGUUUUUGAUAUAAUAUUAUAUCAGCUGUAUAAUAUUAUUAUACAGCUAAUUUAUAUAACAUUUUUCUUCUCCGUAGCCUGGCUUUAUACACAAUCAAUUAAGUCAACAUACGGUAGGCAGGAUACAUGAAUUUGAAGAACUUUUUAUUUGUUUGUUCCGAGAAUUAAUUGCAUUUUAUUUGUAUAUGUUUAUAUAAAUAUAUGUAAUAUAUUUUUUUAUUCAUUAAAUAUUUACUUCCCACCUAACAGUAGAAAAACACAAAUAUAUAGCAGGAUGAAAUUAUUUGCUUGUUCUUAGGUCAUGUAUUUCUACGUCUUUAAUACUUUCUUUAGUUUUCAAGAGGUAUUUCAAACUCACGUAGGGGGAAGUUGAAAUAUUCUAUUCUAUAAAAGUGACCAUCCACCACAUCCAUUGCUGAAUUUAAUACACAUUAAAUAUUUAAACAUUUAGUAAAUAUUGAAUAAAUUAAAUUAAAAAAAGUACUACCUAAUAUCAUUCAUACAUACCAGAACAAACCAUGAACGAACUACGCUACUCGGAAUUAAUCAACAGGUAAAUGAAACACUUGGCCUUAAUUACCAGAUUAUUGCUUUGUGGCAUUUCCGUUCAUUUGUUAGCAAAUUAUUUUAUCUGACCAAAGAGAAACAUGAAU